CACGAAGUGGAGUGCACGAGGUCGCUUAUGCUUUGGGAGAAACCACUUUCCAAGUGCGGGAGCGUGUGUUAACCUACUCAGGCUCCAGUAGACUCAACGCCUUCGGUUCUUUAUGUUGUGCGAUUGCGUUUUUCGCGCAUAUGUUGGUAAAGACUUCUACAAGCAUUUUCCGAGCAGCUUCUCUCGCGCACUGGUGCGGUUCUAGUUUAGAUUUCGUCGAGGUGAAAAAUCACCAGCUGAUCGAGAAAAAUGAAAGGAUGGUUCGACGCGUUUCGCAGCGACGGCGGCCCGACUCUGUACAGCUACAACAACCGCACUCCCGUUACAGGUGACGUUCCUCUGAUUAUCAUAUUCGUGAUAUUCGGCACCCUGUUCACGGCAUUUCUAGUCAUAUUCCCAGGUGUCAGAAAAGAGCGAUUAGCCACAUUUCUCACGGUCACUUUGAGUCUGUUCGUGGGUGCGACUAUUCAAGUGGCGCAAUACGGCUCAUCCUGGCACACAAGUUCCGCCACGAUUGUCAGCUCGUACAGUGCUUUCUCCCGUCACAAAGCAACGGCCGACAUCGGCGGUUACAUCGGUUUGAUGCACAUCAACAUAACGUACAGAUUAUUGCCGGGAAGCGAGCAAACAGCUAACGGCGACAUCGAGUACAACGAGCGGUUCUCGCUGCGGAACUCCGGCGACAUGAACAGCGCCUUCAAGCAGGCUCUUUAUCAAGGCGCGCCGUUCCCGAUCGUCUCCUUGGCGGAAUACUUUAGCCUUCAUCAGGAGGGUUUCUCAUGGGGCUCGCAAUACCGCGAGGCCGGCUAUUACGCUUCGAUAAUGCUGUGGACCUCCUUCGCCUCGUGGAUACUGAUGAACCUGUUGCUGAUGGUUGUGCCGCGAUACGGAGCCUACAGCAUGAUAAUCACGGGUCUCUGUAUGCUGUUGACGAACGUAAUCUACAGAGCCCUUUUACCGUGCGAACCUCUGAUAGCGCACAUCGAGGGCUCGAUUCUUUCCUUCAACUUCGGCUGGAAUUACUGGCUCGUGCUUUCAGCCGGUGCCGCGUGCCUCUUGUCGGGACUCAUAAUAACAGCUAUUGAUAUGAUUUUCCCUCAUCAGUUCUCGACGAUACUCGAAGUCGACUACGACACGCCUUACGACAGACACGUUAUCAUAGAGGAAAGUUACGACACGCGCAAUGUCAAGCGAAAAGCACCUAAGAUCGAGGAUUCGUUCGGCGAUCGGAUAAUGAGUCAACUCUCGUCCAAGCUUCAGAACAGAUACGCCACCAAAGACGACACCGAGGGUGUCAUUAAUCGAGCUUACGUGUCGCACGAGUCAUCCGGAUUCCCGCAAGAAAUCGGCGACGACUCGGCGAACAACUGGUCGUAUCCCUUUCCGCCAGCCUCGCGCAGAACCGUCAACGGUUGAUGUAUAUUUUCUAUGUACUAUAGAUAUUUAAUGUUUGUCAGUUUUCCGAAGCAUCAUCGAGUGUUUCGGACACUUAUUAACUUAGUAAACAAAAAAUGUGCAACAAUUUAAAUGCUCGUGAAUAUUUACAAAUAAGUAUUAGGACCGAUACGAGCCUAUGUAUGCUAGAUGUCUGUGCAAACAUAAAUAUAAUUUUCAUUUAAAUUAAAAUUUAUAUUUUUAUUUAAAUUUUAUUUAUAUUCA